AUGCCUCGGCCGGGCAGUCUGAAAGACCCCGACAUAGCCGAGUUGUUUAGUAGACAUGACCCCGAGAAGAUUUUUGAAGACCUUAGAGAAAUUGGACAUGGCUCUUUUGGUGCGGUGUACUAUGCACGCUGCAAUCUCACAAAGGAGAUUGUUGCUAUUAAAAAGAUGUCAUAUUUAGGUAAACAAAGCGAGGAGAAGUGGCAGGACAUCCUGAAAGAGAUAAAGUUUCUGAAACAACUGGACCAUCCAAACACCAUAGAGUACAAGGGGUGUUAUAAACGGGAGCACACAGCAUGGCUGGUGAUGGAGUAUUGUGUGGGUUCUGCUUCAGAUAUCAUAGAGGUACACAAGCGGCCGUUGCGCGAAGAAGAAAUAGCUGCCAUAUGCGAGGGUGUGGUCUGCGGUCUGUCGUACCUGCACAGCUUGGGUAGAAUACACCGGGACAUCAAGGCGGGAAACAUACUUCUCACCGAAAAUGGCACGGUGAAGCUCGCUGACUUCGGCAGCGCCAGCAUUAAGUGCCCAGCUAAUAGUUUCGUUGGCACGCCUUAUUGGAUGGCGCCUGAAGUUAUCUUGGCUAUGGAUGAGGGGCAGUAUGAUGGCAAAGUGGACGUGUGGUCUCUGGGUAUAACGUGUAUCGAAUUAGCAGAGAGGAAACCACCUUACUUCAAUAUGAAUGCGAUGUCAGCGCUCUACCACAUUGCACAGAACGACUCCCCAACUCUUCAGGCUCCGGAGUGGACGGACACUUUUCGAUACUUCGUCGAGGCGUGUCUGCAGAAGAACGCACAAGACCGGCCCUCCUCCACUCGCCUCCUCUCCCACCCGUACAUAACGCGGCCUCGCUCGCCAAAUGUUCUCGUCGACCUUAUACAAAGAACGAAAGCCGCCGUCAGGGACCUCGAUAAUCUAAACUAUCGAAAGAUGAAAAAGAUAUUAAUGGUCGACGGUGACAAUGAAAGUGCAAUUGGCGACAGCGAAGAGACACCUGAGGAGCCUUCAGGAGGAGAUAGUUCGAAGUCAAACUCUGCGACAUCUGAACAUAGCGCUGCCGGAGCAUCUAGUCAGAGUUCAUCAUCUGGAAGUCUCAGGAGGCGGCCGCAUGCUAUCAACGCCAAUCAUCAGAAUCAACAGCAACCAGUGUACCCGCAGUAUAAUCAUCAAUCAUGUCAUCAGACAAGAGACGAUAGCCCGGCGCACGACGACUACGUGAACCGGGAGGUGUUGCGCGAUUACGCGAACCGCGACUCGCUGGGCGACGACGACUAUGGCGACGACUACGCGAACCGGGAGGCGAUACGCGAGGCGCAGCGUGAGCGAGAGAGAGAGAGGGAGAGGCAGGCGAACGAGUAUCGAGAGUACGUGAAUGCGCCUUCGCAGUGGCACGACGGCGGCGACGACAAUAGGAACACUCAGCGCAGGCAGACGCACCGAGGUGUUAGUAAUAAUGUGUCCGCGGCGAUAUCAUUGAUAUCCGAACACGGCGCUAACAACUUUGCCACAAUUCGAACUACCAGUAUUGUCACUAAGCAACAGAAGGAACAUAACCAGGAGAUGCACGAACAAAUGUCCGGUUACAAGCGCAUGCGUCGGGAACAUCAAGCAGCGUUGCUCAAACUCGAGGAGAGGUGCAAGGCUGACGUAGAUGCCCACAAGGCUCAACUCGACCGCGAGUACGAUGCUCUACUGCAACAGCUGUCGAGAGAUCUCGAACGAUUGCAGACAAAACAUGCUCAAGAACUAGAACGUAAGCAGAAACAAAACGCGGCCGCCGAAAAGAAAUUGAUCAAAGACAUCACAGCGCGACAGGAGCAAGACAAGAAGGCUUUCGAAGCGCAACGCAAGAAGGAGUACAAGGCUAACAAGGAGAGGUGGAAAAAGGAGCUUAGCAUGGACGACGCCACGCCCAAGAGACAGCGGGACGCUACGCUACAAUCACAAAAGGAUAAUAUGAAGCAGGCUGAAGCUGCAGAGGAAGCUCGACUGGUGCGUUCUCAGCGAGAGUACCUAGAGUUAGAACUGCGGCGAUUUAAGCGCAGGCGCAUGCUGGCAUUACAUCACAAGGAACAAGAGCUGCUUAGAGAGGAACUAAAUAAGCGGCAACAACAGUUAGAGCAAGCGCACGCGAUGCUCUUACGUCACCACGAGAAGACGCAGGAGCUCGAGUAUAGACAACAGAAAGGCGUGCAUGCGCUAAGAGAGGAGCAACUGUCCAAUCAACAUGCGACUGAACUGGCCAAUCAACGCGACUACAUGCAACGCGCUGAACACGAGCUACGCAAGAAGCACGCGUUGCAGCUCAAACAGCAACCGAAGAGCCUUAAACAAAAAGAGAUGCAGAUUCGAAAACAAUUUCGGGAGACGUGCAAGAUCCAAACGCGCCAGUACAAAGCUCUUAAGGCGCAAAUUUUACAAACGACGCCCAAAGAACAACAAAAGGAAGUGAUUAAAUCGCUGAAGGACGAGAAGCGACGCAAGCUAGUGCUGCUAGGAGAGCAGUACGACCAGAGUAUUAGUGAGAUGUUGCAAAAGCAGACGGUGCGCCUAGAUGAGAGCCAAAUGAUGGAGUGCCAGCAGCUGAAAAUGCAACUGGAGCACGAGUUGGAUAUGCUGACCGCGUACCAGAGUAAGAGCAAGAUGCAAGCGGAGGCUCAAAGGAACCGCGAACGGCGGGAACUCGAGGAUCGGGUCGCUGUUCGUCGCGCGUUGCUCGAACAGAAAAUGGAGUCUGAAUGCGCCCAGUUUCUGGCUGAGCGUGGCGAGCGAACGCGAAUGCUCCACGAAAGGCACGAGCGCGAACUCGAGCAGUUCGACAAUGAGAGCGCGAGGCUCGGCUUCAGUGCUAUGGCGAUAGCGGAAGGCAGCCGGGAGGGCUACGGCGAAGAAGAGCAAUCGCUCUCCGGAUCGAUGCUCUCGCUUGCACAUAGUAACUCCUCAGCCAGCUUCCCAGCCGGGUCGCUUUAA